UCAAGACUAAUAGCACCUCAGUCUCCGGGUACAGCUCAUCUGCCAAAACGAAGACAGGUCCUUAAAAGUGCUGCAAAGCAUCAGCAUCUGAAAGCUUCCGGAAAAGCUAGAGGCCGUCCCUUUUUUGACUGUUCCUUGUCCAGUCCUGCAGUCUCUUCUGUUCCUACAUGUCAGCUACAGCAAACCCUUCCUGUACUAAAACCACAACCUGCAGAUAUUUAUGAAAGAGCAAAUCUACAUUUGCAAAUU